CUCAGUACAGCUGCCCGCCCCAUCCAUGUCCCAGUGAAUACUGGGGGCCCACGAGAACACACACCAAGUCCAAUCCGGACUCCUUGCGCUCAGUUUGCGCUCAAUUUGCGAUUACUGCAGUUGCUCCCCCGCGCCUUACCGCUGCCUGUCUCCCACCCGGUGCGCACCGCGAGACACCCCGCCGACUGUCUCUGCGCAGACACUCACCGCAAAUCCCCGCCAGACCACAAAAGAAACCCACAUCGCCGCCCUGCCAGCGCACAUCCUGAUCACCUCCCGUGUAUGGUGGUCGUCCGGUCAUCCCCGCCAUGAGCGCUAUCCUGACAGACCGGCAAGCGGAGGAGCUGCACAAGGCCAUCAUCGCAUACCUCGGUGUGAUCAAUGCGCCAAACACAGCAGCUGCCUUUCGAGAGGAAGCCAGCGUUCCAGAUGCCUUCGACGACGCGACACGCAAAAAGUACGAGGGCCUCUUGGAGAAGAAGUGGACGAGCGUAGUGCGUCUACAGAAAAAGGUACUUGAACUCGAACAGCGCAAUCAGAGUCUCCAGAGUGAAUUGGACUCAACCACGCCGACAUCCCUCCUGCGGAAGAAUCAGGAUCCCGCCGCCUGGCUACCACGAGCACCUGCGCGGCAUACCCUCCAGUCACAUCGCUCGCCUAUUACCUGCGUCGCAUUCCAUCCCAUAUUCUCCUCGCUGGCCUCCGGUUCCGAAGACACUACUAUCAAGAUCUGGGAUUGGGAGCUUGGUGAACUCGAAAGAACAGUCAAAGGGCAUACCAAAGGCGUACUGGACGUUGAUUUUGGGGGGCCCCGAGGUGGCACACUUCUUGCGUCGUGCUCAAGCGAUCUGACAAUUAAGCUGUGGGACCCUUCAGACGAGUACAAGAAUAUACGGACGCUGCCUGGCCACGACCAUUCUGUCUCCGCAGUUCGAUUCGUUCCCAGCGGUGCGGCGGGCUCUCCUUCAUCAGGCAACCUACUUGUCUCAGCGUCUCGAGACAAGACACUGCGUGUGUGGGAUGUGACCACGGGUUACUGCGUCAAGACAAUACGAGGACAUGCCGACUGGGUGCGAGAUGUAGCGCCGAGCUUCGAUGGACGGUGGCUCGUGUCAGCUGGUAACGACCAAACAGCACGCCUGUGGGAUGCCAACUCUGGAGAGGCCAAAUGCACUUUCCUCGGUCACGAGCAUGUAGUCGAAUGCGUUGCAAUCGCACCACCAAUCGCGUACACUCAUUUGGCUGCGCUGGCCGGACUAAAGAAACCACCACCUGGUAGCAGCUCGGCAGAAUACAUCGCAACAGGGUCGAGAGACAAAACGGUCAGAAUCUGGGACGGGCGAGGGACUCUCAUAAGAACACUAGCUGGACACGACAAUUGGGUGCGAUCACUCGUCUUUCAUCCCGGCGGGAAAUACUUGCUCUCUGCCAGUGACGACAAGACAAUACGGUGCUGGGAUCUGGCACAAGAGGGUAAAUGUGUAAAAACGGUAACAGACGCGCAUAGCCACUUUGUCAGCUGCAUGAGAUGGGCACCAAAUGUAGUGAAAGACGUUCCGGUCAACGGCGACAGCGCCAAGGGUGCAGGAUCGAGCGCUGCGAACCAGAGGAAAGAGGAAGACGCUGCCAAGGCAGGAAUCAGAUGCGUGAUUGCGACCGGGUCUGUGGAUCUAAAUGUCCGCAUCUUCGCGUCCUGAACGAGGCAUCGACGUGAACGCAACAAUCAUACGGUCGUUACAUUGACCGAUUCACCAGCGGUUCACCGGCGAUACAGCAAGAUAGAGCAAAAGGGUCGUCUCCAAUAUGCUCACAGCACAAGCAGCGCGAGAUGUUUGAUCAAAGCUUGGGUCUACAAGGGGCUGUAUGCUGGCACGCCCUAGCAAUGAGAUCACGAAUGACAACUUUACGUUCACGGUCGAUGCAGACGUCGUUGGCGUGUACUUUUGUAAGGACAGACGUGAGAGUGUCUAGAGGUCUUAGAUGGCAGGAACAUUAGGUGUAGAUAGCAAGAAAGUUGACAAAGUCCAACGCCACCCAAAUAUUAUUGCUC